GGAGAAGGAUUGAUGUCCCUUCAGCAUCAUGCAGCCGCCGCCGAGGAAGGUGAAGGUUACACAAGAACUGAAAAACAUUCAAGUUGAACAGAUGACCAAACUUCAGGCCAAACAUCAAGCAGAAUGCGAUUUGCUCGAAGAUAUGAGGACAUUCAGUCAGAAGAAGGCUGCUAUUGAAAGAGAAUAUGCACAGGGUAUCCAGAAGUUGGCUAGUCAGUAUCUGAAGAGAGAGUGGCCUGGAAUAAAAACUGAUGAGCGGAAUGAUUACAGGAGCAUGUAUCCUGUUUGGAAAUCAUUUCUUGAAGGAACAAUGCAGGUAGCUCAGACUCGGAUCAAUAUAUGUGAAAACUACAAAAACUUCAUUUCUGAGCCUGCCAGGACAGUGCGAAGUUUAAAAGAACAGCAACUUAAAAGGUGUGUGGACCAGUUGACAAAGAUCCAAACUGAACUACAAGAGACGGUGAAAGAUUUAGCUAAAGGCAAAAAGAAAUACUUUGAGACUGAACAGAUGGCUCAUGCAGUACGGGAGAAAGCUGACAUCGAGGCAAAAUCUAAACUUAGUCUUUUUCAGUCAAGAAUCAGUUUACAGAAGGCAAGUGUAAAGUUAAAAGCCCGGAGAUCUGAAUGUAACUCUAAAGCUACCCACGCAAGGAAUGAUUAUCUUCUUACAUUAGCAGCAGCAAAUGCACACCAGGAUCGCUACUAUCAGACGGAUCUAGUUAACAUUAUGAAGGCUCUUGAUGGAAAUGUGUAUGAUCACCUCAAGGAUUACUUAAUAGCCUUCAACCGUACUGAGCUAGAAACGUGCCAAGCUGUGCAGAACACAUUCCAAUUUUUAUUAGAAACUUCUAGCAAAGUGGUACGGGACUACAACCUUCAGUUGUUUUUACAAGAGAAUGCUGUAUUUCAUAAACCUCAACCCUUCCAGUUCCAGCCUUGUGACAGUGAUACCAGUUUAAAAGCUGCCCAACUGGUGGAUAUUGAGCUCUCCCAUGUCAGUGCUCUGAGAAUGACCAUAGCUGAGAGCCGACAGUUAGAAUCUGAAACAGGGACCACAGAGGAGCACAGCCUAAACAAGGAGGCUCGGAAAUGGGCCACACGGUUUGCACGGGAGCACAAAAACAUUGUUCACCAACAACGGGUUCUAGAUGAUCUGGAAUGUCACGGAGCUGCAGUAUCAGAUCAAAACCGAGCAGAAUUGGAACAGAAAAUAGAUGAAGCCAGAGAAAAUAUUCGUAAAGCAGAGAUUAUUAAGUUAAAAGCUGAAGCCCGGCUGGACCUGUUAAAGCAGAUCGGUGUUUCCGUGGACACAUGGCUGAAGAGUGCAAUGAACCAAGUGAUGGAAGAGCUGGAGAAUGAGCGAUGGGCACGCCUUCCUGCAGUGACCAAUAAUGGCACUUUACACUCGAUUCACACUGAUGCCGAGAGGGAAGAAGGUGAAGAGUUGGAGGACAGCAUGGAUGUGUUUGAUGACAGCAGCUCCAGCCCAUCCGGCACCUUAAGGAGCUACCCUCUGACGUGCAAAGUCGUCUACUCCUACAAGGCUUCUCAACCAGAUGAGUUGACCAUUGAGGAGCAUGAGGUGUUAGAAGUGAUUGAAGAUGGAGAUAUGGAAGACUGGGUAAAGGCUCGAAAUAAAGUUGGCCAAGUGGGUUAUGUGCCAGAAAAGUACCUACAGUUCCCCACCUCGAACAGCCUACUGAGCAUGCUGCAGUCCUUGGCUGCUUUGGACAGCCGGUCACACACAUCCAGCAAUUCCACGGAGGCCGAACUCGUUUCAGGCAGCCUCAACGGAGAUGCCAGCGUCUGUUUCGUGAAAGCACUUUAUGACUAUGAGGGCCAGACCGAUGAUGAAUUAUCUUUUCCGGAGGGAGCAACCAUUCGAAUCUUGAACAAAGAAAACCAGGAUGAUGACGGCUUCUGGGAAGGGGAAUUCAAUGGGCGGGUUGGCGUCUUCCCAUCGGUGCUAGUGGAAGAGCUGUCAGCCUCGGAAAAUGGUGACAUUCCAUUGACACGAGAGGUCCAGGUCUCGCCUUCUCCAAAGCCCGCCAGCUCCCUGCCACCACUGCCACUGUACGACCAGCCUCCCAGCAGUCCCUACCCCAGCCCGGACAAGAGGGGUUCCCAGUUCUUUCCCCGCUCCCCCUCAGCCAAUGAAAACAGCUUCCAGGCCGAAUCACCAGGAUUCUCCCAGGCUCCGCGUCACACUCCUGACACCUCCUACGGCAAACUGCGGCCUGUCCGGGCAGCUCCCCCGCCACCCACACAGAGCCAGCGAAGGCCCCCCGAGAAGCUGGAGGACGUGGAGAUCACGCUGGUGUGAUGACAGAGCACUUCUCCACAGUUGCUACAAUCAGGGCCAGACUUGGAGUGUGGCCACUCUUGUUUUUUUUAGGCACCUUUGCAUGAUGAUGACUCUUGACCAGAGCAAGAGCCAUGAGGGUGAGCUGUGACUGGGUGCUGGCCAACUCCUCUCAUGUUUUCAAUCUUUUGUGCCUUUUUGUUGUUGUUGUUGUCAUUUUCUAUGUCAUCUCUCCUACAGUAAGCACACAUCCUCGCUCACAGGAGAUGCGCACCAGGCCCAGGUCAGGGCAUAGUCCUAGAGACACUGCUCAGUACACUCGUACAGUAUAUUACUGUGGCCACCACAAGUGGCAUCUGCUCCCCUUUCUCCAAGUGGCUUCUGCUUGCCUGAUUGAGUUUAAUCGGAUCAUGAUGGCUACAAAAGGAAGCUGAAGGACGGAUUUCAGGAGAGGCUGGCUCCUCCCCACAAUUAGUCCCCUGGACUGAGAAAGGGAAACCGCAUUGGGAAACAGCAGAGUGCCCUGCGUCUAGCACCGACUGCAUUAAUGCACAUCCUUCCGCAACUAACAGGAGGAAAACAAUAAUAGUACCCUUUGUAUUAAUAUUUAUGCCGUGCAUUUAGUAUUAGUGGAGCUCGCGUGGAGGGCCUGAACUAGCAGACAGGAGGCUGGGCUCACAGCAGCAGCAGCAAGCAUCCCAGGCAGAAGUGAGCCAGCGCCAUGUUCUUUUGGCCAUAGGGUGUUUUUUUCCCAGCUUAAUUUUGGCAGCAUGUACUCCUGUGAUGGGUACACCUGCCAACUGAAUGUCUAAAUAAGUUGAGGACACAGACUGCACUGUUGAGCUUCUCUCCUGCAGAGAAAGGCCUUGAGCACUGUGGGAUCCAGUCAGAGUACUGGCCCAGAAAGCUGAUGUGGCAGGCACAGACCAAAACCUCCCAGUGCAGAAGCAGCUUCUGGACUUCUCCUUGGGGAGAAGACCCUGUGGCUCAUGAACAGAAUCAGCUCUGGU